GCGGAGAGGCAAGCCUGCAUGGGUGUGCCCUCGCCCGUCUCUCUCUCUCUCUCUCUCUCUCUCUCUCUCUCUCUCUCUCUCUCUCUCUCUCUCUCGCUCUCUCUCUCUCUCUCUCGGCUAGCCACGUGGCAUGCCUUUUUUCUUUUUUAUUUCGUAGGAGAUGGCUAUGGCCGGAUCUUUUUCACUUUGUUUGGAGGAGGAGCGGGAGGAGGAGCGGGAGAAGUGGGAAAAGGAGGAGCGGGAGGAGCGGGAGAAGGAGUGGGAAGGGAAACGGGAAGGGGAGGAGGAGGCGCGGGAGGAGCGGGAGGAGGAGCAAGAGGAGCAACAGGAGGGAGAGUGGGAGGAGGAGCGGGAGGAGGGGCGGGAGGAGGAGUGGGAGGAGGAGCGGGAGGAGCGGGAGGAGGGGCGGAAGAUUCUACGUGAAGCCAGAUAUGGCACGUAUGGCGCAUUUCGGACUGUGGAGCAGACGGGUUCAGGCAAAGACAAGUAGGGAUGAUGGAAAGGAUUGAAGAUAUAGGUGGUGCAACUGCUGUUUGUCGGUGCAUCGGGAGUUGCAUGUGGUGGGCAGCAUCAUCGCCAUGAAGCUGAUUGUUACUCUUGUCAUAGCACGCCGCCUGUUCUCUUAAAAAAAAAGAAAAAAGUGAUGUCACCUGUUAACUGCAACGGGUCG